UAGCUCCCAUUAAGCUCGGCAACUCAAUCUUGAGAAGAGAGAGAGAGAGAGAGACGAGUUCGUGAUGCAAACCUUGUAAUAAUUUGCUAUGGAUUUCACGGGAAAACUAAGCUUUCUUGUAUUUCUACUAUGUGUUCUCUUCUCUUUGAAGAACCAACAUGCAGAAACCAACAAGGGUUCAUCACGAAUUACUGACAGUUCACAUUCAUUUUUAAGGGCUCAAUCAAGAAAUAAGGUGGAAAAGAAGCUCCCAGAAACUCAUUCUUAUAAUUCUCGUCAAGGAUCUCUCAGAUAUGAUUACUACAAUGAAUCUUGCCCAUUAGCCGAGAAAAUCGUUAGAGCAACUGUUCAUGAACUCUUCAAUCUGCGGCAAAAUGUUGCCCCUGCAUUGUUGAGGCUGCUUUUCCAUGAUUGCUUUGUCGAGGGGUGUGAUGCUUCAGUUCUACUGGAUGCUGCCGAUGGAAUAAGGAGUGAGAAAGAUUCUCCACCGAAUGAAUCUUUAAAGGGGUUUGAUCUGAUUGACAUCAUUAAGUUGAAUGUUGAAAAAGCAUGCCCCAGAAUUGUUUCUUGUGCUGAUAUUGUCGUUUUGGCGGCAAGAGAAAGUGUCCUUUUGGCUGGUGGCCCGUUCUAUCCUCUGUAUACCGGUAGGAGAGACAGUACAGUUUCUUUUCAAGAAGUAGCAACAUAUGAGCUUCCUACUCCCCAAGACAAUCUCUCUAAAACAAUCGAGGCAUUUGCAUCAAGAGGAUUUGAUCAAAGAGAGACUGUCAGUCUAUUAGGUGCCCACAGCACCGGCACGAUUCACUGCAAAUUCUUUUUCAACCGUCUUUAUAACUUCAGUGGAACUCAAGGGCCUGACCCCUCUAUAGAUACUGAAUUUCUCAACUUUUUGAGAUCAAAAUGCAAUAGAAGCCAUAGCUCAUCAUCAUCACUGUCUAUAUCACCAUCAUUAUCACCUUCACACUCCGUCAAGCGCUUAUCAACUGCCUCGUUUAACGAUCCCGCAAUGAAGAUGGAUUAUGAGGGACCGGGAACAGGUUUUGGUACGGUAUACUACUCCAGUCUUCUUCAAGGCAAGGGAUUACUUUUUGUUGAUCAGCAGCUGACAGCAGGGGAAGAAACCAAGAAUUGGGUCCGAGCAUAUGCAUCAGAUAUUUCCCUGUUCCAAAGGGACUUUGGACUUACAAUGAACAAACUGUCCAAUCUCCAGGUCCUGACAGCACCAAUGGGCCAGGUUCGACGUAAUUGCCGAAAAGUGAACUGAAAGAUCUGGCUGCAAUGCUCAUCUUGUUCUGCCUAUCUGAAUUUGGAUUAUGUUCUUUUUGUCCCAUAAAAUUCACCUUUUUCACAUUUAGUUGGCUUUACUAUCGCUUUUUGUAACUUUACUAGCUUGGACAGGAUUUAUUUGAUGAAUUUUCAUCAAUGGCAUAUAAAUGGUUAUGAUUUUUUUCUA